UGUGCACCAACGCCAGCGGCCAUUGUUUACGCCAUGGAGUCCGUCGUAGAAGAGAAAAACGAAAAUGAGAAGCCGAUCGACAGAGAAAAGACGUGUCCUUUGCUCCUGCGGGUGUUCCUGAACAGCUCGAGACACCACUCGUUAAGCGAGUACUCGAGAGGCAGCGUUCCCACCAAUGAACUGCAGAUUUACACUUGGAUGGACGCCACGCUGAAGGAGCUGACGAGCCUGGUGAAAGAGGUAAACAAGGACGCUCGUCGCAAGGGCACCUUCUUCGACUUUGCGCUCGUGUUCCCGGACGUCCGGGGGCCGGGCUACCGCAUGCGGGACAUCGGCACCACCUGCUCCGGCCAGAAAGGCUCGGACGACAACAAGACCCUGAACGCGGCCCGCUUCCAGAUCGGCGACUACCUGGACAUAGCCAUCUCCACGCCACCCAUGCGGGGUGGGCCGGCACCCCCUUCCAGGCGCGGCAGGCAGUCGGGCUUCUGAGAUUUUAUCUUUCUUUCUUUUCGCGUGUUGUCCUUCGUAAGACGUCCCAUCUUCACUAGUUGUUGAAGCAAGGAAGUGCUUUAUCAAAUAAAAGAUUGGAUGCUCGGAAAAA